UUCGGGCGUCUCCGUUGCAUAGAAACGAAAAAGACUUAUGUGUUGCCUACCUACCUCUGUAUCUAGACCCCACUGUUAUUUCCAUACAGAUAUUGCCAUUUUAAACGAACCGCGAAUUGUAGAGGAUUUAUUUUAACUAUACACCGGGGGACUUCGAAUGAAGAACAUUUUGGCUGCGCCUAUUUAGUUGUCGGCAUUAGCCUACUGUUAGCACGCAUCGGCUCAUCGAUGUGACUAACGUUGCAGUGCUCACUGGAGAUUUUACAGGUGUUAUCGUUACCGUCAGCUAGGCUUUGAUUGCUGAUUAAUUAGUGAUAUCAACCACAUCGGAUCGCUUCCCCCUAUUGAAAUCUCAGUAACCUAGCUAAUCCUUGUUGAUGCCGACACAGAGCCAUUGGAUGGUCGCUCCUUAGGGAGCAUCGUUUUGAGGUAUUUAUGGUACAAACUCACAAUAACUGCAGUAGUGAUCUAAGUACUAUAUCAAAAACGACAUCCAGAAAUCAUGGCUGGUGACGUUGGUAGCAUCCCCGAACUGGACCAACAGAAAUAUGAUUCGGACCAACAAGUGAAGAUCAUCUGCCUGGGAGAUAGCGCAGUUGGUAAAUCUAAGUUAAUAGAACGGUUUCUGUUGGAUGAAUAUCGUCCUCAGCAGCUGUCAACAUAUGCUCUGACACUAUACAAGCAUGUGGCCGACGUAGGAAACAAGACCGUAGCAGUAGACUUCUGGGACACAGCUGGCCAGGAGAGAUUUCAGAGCAUGCACCCCUCGUACUACCACAAAGCACAUGCAUGUAUCAUGGUUUUUGAUGUUCAGAGGAAAAUCACUUACAAGAAUCUGGCAAACUGGUACAAGGAGCUGAGAGAAUACAGACCUGAGAUUCCUUGCUGUGUGGUUGCCAACAAAAUUGAUGCUGAUUUAAAGGUGACGCAGAGAAGCUUCAACUUUGGAAAAAAACAAGGACUUCCAUUCUAUUUUGUGUCGGCGGCUGAUGGGACAAAUGUCGUUAAGAUGUUCAGAGACAUGAUCAAGAGAGCGGUAGACUACAAGCAAAACCCAAGUGACUUCAUGGACGAAGUCUUGCAGGAACUAGAGAGCUUUCAGCUGGAGAAGAUGGAAGAAAAUGCAGAGGCAGAAGAUGAAGAGCAAAAAUCAGACCAGAGUACAGAACUCCUUUGACACAUUUUAAAGAAGAUCCUAAGCUUCCAUUUUAUCUCAUUUGUUUUUAUCGUCUUCUAAAGCCAAUUGUGCAAAUAGAAUAUUACGUUAGUCAGAAUACUGUUUUUUUAGUGAUGGAAAACAUCAACUGACGUGUAUUUUUAUAUGAUUCUUAUCAGUUUUGUCGCUGCAGUGAGGCAGAUUGGACCAAACAGACCGUAUGACUUUCAAAUGUCCUGUGAACCUGCAGAUCGUAACAAACGUAAAUUAUUUCUGUCCAAACUCUUCUUAAGUCUUCAGGUACACACAGUGACUUAAAGGCUUUAAUUGUAAUUAAGAGAUUCACUUUUAAUAGUUCUAACAGUUGCUAUUGAAGAAACAAUUUUAAGAUGGCUGCCCUAAAGGGAGAUGAAUUUGGUCAAAUAAGGAUUUUCAUUAUUCUUUUCAGCAUUACAUUUACAUUUGUGAAGCUUUGUUCAAUUUUGUGCAGUAAUGUAGAAACUCCUACAACAGAUGUUGAUGCUCAAAGGAGAAUCAUCCAACAUAUACACAGUACCAUACCCUUCAUUUGCCGUUUUUAUUAUUUUCAAGUGUUACUUUAAACACUUGAAUUACAAAGCUGAACGGGCCGCAUCUGGUCCCCGGGCCUUACUUUGCCCACGCCUGGUUUAGACAGAUUGUUCCCUAAAUGUUAAAAGAAGCAUUUUUGUAUUACCAAAUGUGAAUGUGAGCCAUUAAAAACAAAUGUGAAUGCUAAAA